AUCAAGUGCCGAACAAAGCUAUUUCAACGUUCUUCCCAAUUGGAUAGCCCUGCAGCUGAAAAGACGUCGGUGACACCUAUUGAUGACAUAGACAACGUGCGACAAAACGGAAUAGAUUGCCUGAUGGCGCCGGUUGGGAAGAAUAGAGACUCUCCGAGCUUCAAGAAAAAUGGAGGAAAGGAAAAAGCUCCGGCUGGUCUGAUUCGGAAGCAGCCCCGGCGAUGGGACACGCGUCAGUUUAGGGGAAGCCUGAAGGAGGGUCAAGGUUUUGCCAUUUGGAGAAAACAAAAGAUUCAACGUGACUACAAAAAGUUACUUAAAAAGGAAAGAAAUGUGAAUCCUCAGAGGAAUGUUGGGUAUACCGAAGAUUAUCCCGAACACCUGAAACAUCUUUAUUUAGCUGAAGAGGAAAUGCUUCAGAAACAGCAGAAACCAAAAUAUAAACCAGUAGUACUUGAAGAGAAGGAGAUUGUAACUUCAGAGAGCAAUGUGAUUCAGAAAAAAUGUAAAGCAAAAACUUCAAACCAGAAAGCAAAAGAGGAUUAUGAGAAAAUAAAGAUUGAACGAGACAAGAAAAAAGAAGCAGCCAAAAAAAGGAGAGAAGAAAGAGAACAAGCUCAAAAACUUUACAAACAGAAGAAAAUGGAAACAUACAAAAUAUUAAGUAAAAGGACUAGAAAAGGACAGCCAAAUCUAAAUUUACAAAUGGAAUAUCUGCUUCAAAAAAUUGAGCAAAAAGCAUAACUUGUCACAUUGUUUUAAAUUACAGACAAAAAAAUAAUAUGAACUGGAUACAGACUUUUUUUUCUGCAAUGGUCUACCCUUUCAUUUUAUAGUGUCAGCUCUUACUAAAGCUUAUUAAAUUAUAAUGGAAAUAUUUUUGCCAAUUUAGAUCUAUUUGCAAGGAUUUUAAAAUUAAAAUUAAAAUUUGAAUAGUCUUAUAUGAAAAUGAUCUUUGUUUUAAGAAAUGCAGCUAAAGUUUUGGAAUGCAUGUACAUUUGUGCUGUGAUUUAAAAAAUCCUUUUGCUUUAAUACAAUUUCUGACUGGGCAUGUAUAGAACUGUAUUGCUGUUUUUAGUACAACUGGUCUUCUGUUUACUUAAAGUUUGCAAUACUUUGUUUUCC